AUGGAUGAGGAGAAGAAGUUGAAGGCGGUAUCAAUUGUGGGAUUUGGAAGUCUGGGAAAAACAACACUUGCCAAUGAGGUAUACCGUAGAGUCAAGGGAGAAUUUGACACUCAUGCGCUCGUGACGGUGUCUCAAAAGCCUGACAUUCAAAAACUUCUCCAUCCUUUACUAUCCAAACUUGGCACAGAGACAUCUAUUCACACUUGUGAGUCACGUCUUAUCGAAAUGCUCAGAGAACAUCUCCAAACUAAGAGUUGCUUUUAA